AUGGAAGCCUUGCCGUCCCGUCAAGUUGUCGACAGAACGAUAUCUGCCUACUUCAACGCCAAGCAUGCGACCGUUUCUUUCAUCCACACGCAUCAAUUCAGAAGACAAUAUGAAGCCUUUUGGAGUGAACCCGCCGCUGUGAACCUCCUGUGGGUCAGCAUACUCUUCUCAGGUCUGGCCAUUGGGGCUGUCGUCCUAGGUGCAAAGGCAGCAUCUACCUCUAAUCUACAUCACCCUUCGGCCUACGUUACCAUGUCAGCACGGUGUCUCGUCGCAGGCCAGUACCAGAAAGCUGGGGAGUUCUCGGUUGAAGCCUUGGUCAUGCAUCUUCACGCGCGGUCUUUCCAAAGGAGCAACAAAGACGCCGACAAGUCUCAACUGCAAGCAUUGGCUCUCCGAUUGGCACAACGGCGAUGCUAUCACCGAGACGUAGACGAGCUACUACUGACUGUCACGCCUUUCGAAGCAGAGAUGAGACGCCGCGUGUGGUAUGUGAUCCAAUACUACGAUGUGCUGUUCUCCCUCGAGCAGGGGCUGCCACCACUUAUUCACGAGGAUACAUUUUCUACCCGUCAUCCGACAAAUAUCACCGACGAUGACUUUGACGAAUAUGUCGACUACUUGACGCCUCGACCGAUAGAAGAAGCUCAGCCCACGCUCUUCUGUGUCUAUGUCUCUCAUCUACUACCGAUACUACGACACAUAGUCCGCCAUGCUCUGGGUUUCAAGACAUGCACCUACUCAGACGCCAUGUCUCUCGAAGCCGAACUGAAGACGUGGUACAUAUCGAUCCCGCCUUGCUUGCGCAUACGCGCCAUCAAAGACACUUCGUUCACGGACCCGAACCACACUGUCAUGCAACGUAUCAUGCUCGAACUCAUCUAUAUCAUGGGGACCGUCCUCUUGUACCGCCCGUUCCUCGACCUGAUGAAUUUGAAGAACCACGAGUGCCAAGUGGCGCUCAACGUCUGUCGGAGGCUGGCUGUGAGAUCUGUCGGGGUCUAUGUCGAAGUUGGUCGUGAGAUGCAGGAAGGCGGAAGACUACACGAGGAUCAGCCCAUCGCCUCGGGCUUGUCGGUGAAUGACUUCUUGAUAACGACGAUAGUGGCACCCCUCGAGUUCUUCGACUGUCCAGAUCUACCGCCUGGUGAAGAAGCUUACAUUAUCAACCUGCUUCAAACAGCAACGCAGCUGUGGGCCAAGAGAUCAGUUACGUCUCCUCACGCGCGUGAAAGCACGAGACUGCUCCGGCUCAUUGCAGCAAAGGUUCAAACGGGAAGCCAAAGACGACGCCAAGUCCCGUAUUCGGUUUCAAGCUCGUCCAUCGCUGCCGAAACAGAAACAGAGCAAUAUGGGCAUUUGGCGCUGCAGUAUUACUCCAACGGCGGGGGAGGAUCUGCAGAAUCGGACGUUGCUUUCGAAGUCGGCCUCAUCGACUGGAACAACGCCGCGGCAAUCGACUGGGACUCGGUCAAUCUGUGUCUCGACUUUGAGACGGUCAAUUAA